GUGCACUACACAGUCGAGGGUUUAAAACAAAGACUAUGUAGUGCACUACACGUCCAUUAGGGCGCCAUUUUGGAUGGCAGCCAAGUGCACGGCUGCAGACCGGAUGCUGGCGCGAGUGUCGUGGACGCGCACGUAUUUUUUCCCCCCUUUUUCGUGCACGAGUGUGACGUCAGCGCGCCGUCGAGCUCGAAAAAAUGUUAGCGUAUGUGGUUCGGUCCGGGAGCAACGAGCAGGAGGCUUCAGUACACAGGAAAUAAUCUCGGAAACACACACACACACACACACAUACCCACACAACGCCGAGGGCUUUGUGUCCAGCUGGUGUGGAAGUUGGUGUCUCGAGGCCCGAGAGAAAGUUAGACUGAUUGAUUGUAGGAGUGAUGUCGAAUCCUGGGACUCGGAGGAACGGGUCAAGCAUCAAAAUCAGACUGACAGUAUUAUGUGCCAAGAAUUUAGCAAAGAAAGACUUCUUCCGUUUGCCCGAUCCUUUUGCCAAAGUUGUAGUCGAUGGCUCAGGACAGUGUCACUCUACAGACACGGUUAAGAGCACACUGGACCCUAAAUGGAACCAGCAUUAUGACCUAUAUAUCGGGAAAACGGACUCGAUCACUAUCAGCGUAUGGAACCAUAAGAAGAUCCACAAGAAGCAGGGUGCUGGAUUUCUGGGUUGUGUGAGGCUCCUGUCCAACGCCAUUAGCAGACUCAAAGAUACAGGCUACCAGCGUUUGGAUUUAUGCAAGCUGAACGCCUCUGACAGUGACGCUGUGCGGGGUCAAAUAGUCGUAAGCCUUCAGACUCGUGACAGGAUUGGCAGUGGCGGGCCUGUGGUAGACUGUCGAGGACUGUUAGAAAAUGAAGGGCCGGUCUUUGAGGACUCCGGACCAGGACGGCCUCUCAGCUGUUUCAUGGAGGAGCCUCUGCCCUACUCUGACCCUACAGGGGCUGCUGGUGGGGGCAAUUGUCACGUACUGGAGUCACCUAAUCAAGAGCAGAGGCUUCAAACACAGAGAAUUCGAAACCAGGAUUCGAGAAGUCACGCACACACCCCACAGAACCGGCCACAUGGGCACCAGUCACCAGACCUCCCAGAAGGCUAUGAGCAGCGGACCACUGUACAGGGACAGGUUUAUUUUCUACACACACAGACUGGUGUGAGCACUUGGCACGAUCCCAGGAUACCACGGGAUCUGAACAGUGUGAGCUGUGAGGAGCUGGGCCCUCUGCCGCCCGGAUGGGAGAUCCGGAGCACUGUGUCAGGAAGGAUCUAUUUUGUUGACCACAAUAACAGAACCACACAAUUCACAGAUCCCAGAUUACACCACAUCAUGAGCCAACAGUCGCAGGUGAAGGAGUCGAGCCAGGCUCUGCCAGUGCAGAUGGAUGUUCCUGUGGAGGAGGGGGAGGGAGAGCUGCCUGUGCGUUAUGAGAGAGAUCUUGUCCAAAAGCUCAAGGUGUUGCGCCACGAGCUCUCGCUACAGCAACCUCAGGCCGGACACUGCCGCAUAGAGGUGUCUCGUGAAGAAAUCUUUGAGGAGUCUUACCGUCAGAUCAUGAAGAUGAGGCCGAAGGACCUAAAGAAGAGACUAAUGGUUAAAUUCCGUGGAGAAGAGGGCUUAGAUUACGGAGGAGUGGCAAGGGAAUGGUUGUACCUCCUAUGUCACGAGAUGCUUAAUCCAUACUACGGCCUGUUCCAGUAUUCUACAGAUAACAUCUACACGCUGCAGAUCAACCCUGAUUCCUCCAUCAACCCUGACCACUUAUCAUACUUCCACUUUGUCGGGAGGAUCAUGGGCCUCGCCGUAUUUCAUGGGCAUUACAUAAACGGAGGCUUCACACUGCCCUUUUACAAGCAGCUCCUGGGGAAACCUAUCCAGCUUUCUGACCUGGAGACUGUGGACCCCGAGCUCCAUAAGAGCCUUGUCUGGAUUCUAGAAAAUGACAUUACAUCUGUUCUGGAUCAUACAUUCUGCGUAGAACACAACGCUUUCGGCAAAUUCCUCCAGCAUGAGCUCAAGCCCAACGGCAGAAACGUCUCGGUGACGGAGGAGAAUAAAAGAGAAUAUGUGAGGCUCUAUGUGAACUGGAGGUUCAUGCGAGGCAUCGAGGCCCAGUUCCUCGCACUGCAGAAGGGCUAUAAUGAGCUCAUCCCUCAGCACCUGCUCAAGCCUUUUGACCACAAGGAACUCGAGCUAAUCAUCGGGGGACUUGGGAAGAUCGAUUUGAACGACUGGAAGGCCAACACGCGGCUAAAGCAUUGUGUAGCUGACAGUAACAUAGUGAAGUGGUUCUGGCAGGCGGUGGAGUCGUUCGAUGAGGAGAGGAGGGGCAGGUUGCUCCAGUUCGUCACCGGCUCCACUCGCGUCCCUCUCCAAGGUUUUAAAGCACUGCAAGGUUCUACAGGUUCUGCAGGACCAAGGCUCUUUACUAUCCAUUUGAUCGACGCCAAUACAGAUAAUUUGCCCAAAGCCCACACGUGCUUCAACCGCAUCGACAUCCCGCCCUACGAGUCAUACGAGAAGCUCUAUGAGAAGCUCCUGACUGCUGUAGAGGAGACGUGUGGCUUUGCUGUCGAGUGAAUGGUUUCGUCUAGCCAGCGUCCAGUAACCCGUCUAACAGCCCCUUCAACCCCACUUCCUCUCUCCUUCACUCUUCCUCAGGGGGACAGAAAGGUACCUCCGUGCAGGCUCGAGCAAAAGGCCAUCUGCUUCUAUCCAAGGAGCACAGAGAGGAGAGGCGCUGCAAAACACACACUUACACACACACAAACACACACACAGCCUGGGUUUUACACACAAACACACCAUUACCAGGCUGCUCAAGGAUUAUUUAUUUCCGUUAUAAGUCAAAUGGUUUGAGUAUGCAUUAUGAUGAUGUGCGGUACCAGAACAGAGAGUAAAAUCAUCUGUCUUUCCUUUUUUUUUCCUCGCCCUUUUCAUUGAAACGGUGGAUAAUGGUAUUAACCCUGAUCGAACUUUGCAUCACGUAAGGAAGGAAAGCACAUGGUUUUCACGAAUAGAUGCUUUCUACUCCGAGGACACGUCCCAGUACUUUUAAAUCCUUUUCAUGUGGCAAAGUUCUUGUUCUUUCGGAGCUCGUGGACUCGGUCGUGUUCAAAUCUCGGAGAUUUUUUACCACAAACUGGCAGACAGACAGGAGCUUUCAUUUUUUUUAUACUCGACUUAAAAUCAGUGAUCUGUACAGACAGCAACAACCCUCUUUUGUUCUUUUCACAUCUUGUAGAAUGACGGUGUACAUUUCAGUGAUAACCAUCGCUCAUACUGUAUGUCAGCAUUAUUUCUAUUAGAAUUUUUUAAUAGCUAUUUUAAACUGAUCACUUGUUACAUGAAACUAAAACCUUUUUUUUUCCACCUUCAUUUAAGACUAGAAUGCUUACUGUGUUUUGGACAUUUUAUAACAUGGCUACCGUGUGUGUGUGUGUGUGUGUGUGUUUGUGUGUUGUCACUAACAUUAGCACAUCUCUUAUGGCUCACAGAUCACAUACAGUAUACAGAGUAACUUGGACAUUUUCAGUAAGUCAGUAUUCUUAAUAACUCAUUUUAAGUACAUUUUAAACUUUGCACAUUGCACAAAGUCCGAUUUUGUUCGUUUGUAUUGUUGUUUCGAUUUUUGGCUUUUCUUUUCUUUUCUUUUUUUUUUUUUUUUUUAAACCAUUUGUUCCGAUUGUCUGACUUCCUUUUUCUGAGGUGAAUAGUGCCAUGCACAAAAUAUCAGUUUACAAAAAAAAAAAAAAAAAAGAAAUAGACAUAUUUCAGACGUCUCUGACAGAAUCGCCAGACCUUUUCCUGUCGCUCGGCCGAAAAACGAACAGCGCCGUGUAUGGACAAUGUCGAUCGUUUUUAGCAUUAACUGUUUGCGACCGUUUUGGUUGUUUUCACGUUCAAUGCGAGACUUAUUUAUGUACGCGUCUCCAAACCAACGGCUCGUCUCUGGCACUCGUACUGAAAACAUGCCGUAACAAUCAUCCCUUGUUUCCAUUCUGAGGAAAAAGAGACCGUUCAAAUCCACGUCUCCGGUAUGUUUCUGCUCAUUUUAUAGCUCUGUGUUAUUAGUUUUUGCUUUAAGGUUGGGUCAGGAGUCUUAUCCACGGAGUCUCAACACAAGUGUCUAUUCGUUCAUGUUGAACAGCCACAGCUGAUCCAAUCCCUCAGACUAACAAGCGUAGUAAGCAGUGUUUCUGUAGAAUUGCAGUGCAUUUUUUGGAAAACUGAAAAGAAAUUGAGCCAACUUUGUUUUUGUUUUUUUUUUUGUUGGUUUUUUUUGUUUUUUUAAAUGUGUUCUGCAACCACUUGGGCUUUUUUUUUUUUCUUUUUUUUCUUUUUUAAACAAAUUAUUUAUUACUAUGUAAUGUAUUUUUAAGUAUUGCUGCUAUUAUCAUUAUUCCCUGUUAUUUUUUAUUUUUAUCCACAAACAAGCUGUACACUACUCUCUUUAUUUUAAUGUUUGAAUCAAAGUAUUUAAACCUGCUGCUAAUUCAGAGAAGCCUGUCCAUUGGCCUGGAUCGAGUUAGCGUUGAUGUAGGCUGGACCCCGGCGGUCAUGUUCAUAUUUGUGAUAUAUGCAAUAAAAUGACACCUUUAUAUUCUUGAUUUCUGUCUUAACAUGUUUUUUCUUAUGUGGACCGGAUUGGGGACAGCGCUUUUUCGUUGUUUUUGUGAACCGAUUGCUCCGUUUUUUUUCCAGAUGACUCGAGUGCUGAUCCGUCAUUUUUAGGGUGGAUAAACACAAAAGCGAUGGAAACGCAUGUCGUGUAAGUCAGAAUGACUCGUGAGUUUCGUAGAUGAUUCUGGACGGUGCCUGCUAGUUCCAGUAUGUUUGUUUUUUUAAAAACCACUUUUCCAAAUGAUGUGACCAAUGCUAUUAUUACUAUGUACAAUUAUUAGGUCCUGAGUGUCAUUUGUUUAUUGGAUGCCAGAUUAAUGUAACUUACAAUGUACUAAACAUUUCUGAAACUAUUCCAUGUAAAUAAGAUUAUAUUAAAGAAACAACAUUGAAAAUA